AUGAUAUGGCUCAAGAACUCAACAGACUGCUUGCCGAAUGAGCAUUUCUCGCUUCGAGCAUCUGAUGACCAGCGCUGUUUUUAUUGCUUAGAGCUCCUUUUUGUGGACUGGUCAGUUAAUCUCAUGGACACCGAGUUUUUGCGAAUAGUAGGCCACUGGUAG